AUGCUUCAAGAAUUUAUCUCCAUGCCAAUAUGGGCACUUAUUGCGAUCCCAGUAUCCAUUUACGUCCUAAGUACCGUAUUCCUUGCAAUCAUAGACCCUCUUCGCCAUAUUCCAGGACCGUUCCUCGCACGCUUUACUCGAGUCUGGUAUUGUUGGGAAAUAUACAAAGGUCAUUUCGAACGUACCAACAAACAAUUACAUACUCGCUAUGGCCCUAUUGUCCGCAUCGCACCGCAUGAAUACUCGAUUGAUGAUGUUAAUGCUGCCAAAGGCAUCUACUCUAUUGGUGGAGGUAGUUUUCCAAAAACAGCAUGGUAUUGGGCAUGGCAACCUCCAAAUCUAAACGCAGCUUCGCUAUUCUCUGAGCUUGAUCCACAUCGUCACUCUGUACAGCGACGUAAGGUCGCAAAUUACUAUAGCAUGAGUUCUAUGGUUGGAUAUGAAGGCCAUGUGGAUAAUUGUUCCGAGUUACUCUCACGACACUUCCUGGAAUCGACAAUUUCGGGAGAUUUUGUUGAUAUGCAGCAUUGGUUGCAAUGCUAUGCAUUUGAUGUCAUUGGAGAGAUUACAUUUGGCCAACGCUUUGGCCUUUUAGAUAUGGGAGAGGAUAAGGAUGGUGUGUUCAAGGCAAUUGAUAAUAGAGGAUGGUAUUCUACAUUUAUUGGGAUUUGGAGCUGGCUUCACGCUUGGCUAUUUCCGUUAUUGCCUAGUACUGGCGGGAUGGCAUAUAUAGUCAAGUUCACAGCAGAUAAAAUUGCAGAAAAAGAAAAAGUGUUAAAAGAACGAAGAAGUGGCGACAGGAAAGAAGAGGGCACUCCAGACUUCGUGACGAGGAUUUUGAUGGCUUCUGAAAAAGAUCCUGAGAAGAUUACGAGAAGGGAUUUGAGUACCACAUGCCAGUCCAACAUUGGUGCAGGAAGUGACACAACAGCUAUUACCCUUUCGAGUGUGCUUUACCACUUGUUGAAGUACCCACAUACUUAUCAAAAUCUGCGAGACGAGAUCGAAACUGCGGCAAAGGAGGGAAGAAUAUCAGACCCUAUUACCUUUAAAGAAGCUCAAGGACUACCGUAUCUACAAGCGGUCAUCAAAGAAGGAUUAAGAGUCCACCCUGCUGUGGGUCUGGGGCUACAACGAAUCGUGCCAGUCGAAGGUACUACCGUCGCAAACCAAUUCAUACCAGGUGGCUCUACAGUAGGCAUCAAUGCAUAUGUAGCUCAUCAAAAUACUGCUGUCUGGGGUUCGGACGCAGAUCAAUGGAGACCCGAAAGAUGGCUCGAAAUUGAGGAGCAGGGUCGAGGUGCAGAAGUAGAAAAGUACUUCUUCUCUUUUGGCAUGGGUUCGAGAACCUGUGUUGGCAAGAAUAUUAGUUUGUUGGAGAUGAACAAGCUGAUACCGCAAUUGGUGAGGAGAUUUGAUUUCGAGUUGGAUGCGGAUGUGGAGAGAGAUGGGGGAAUAGUUUGUAAGAACAGAUGGUUUGUGAAGCAACAGAAUUUCAGAGCAAGGGUUUUGAGAAGGAGGGACGGUAAGAUUGAAUAG